GCAAGACCUGCUUUGCUGUCCCCCUGAUGGGUUGGCUGGCCAAGGAGAAGAUGGCCAGCAAGAUUGUGUACCAGCACCGCGACAUGCGGUACCUGUUCAGCACCUCGAGCGGUGGCUCUGAUGUCGAGGAGGGGAGCACCUCAGACUUCGAAGAGGAGCUCCAGGACCCGGGAGUUUGGUGGAUCGUGGACUCGGGCACCGCUGUCGAGCGGCCUGCCAACACUGUGCUCCUGUCGUACCCUGACCGGAACCGCUACAAGGAGUUCCUGAAGCUCCUGGGCGCCACCACUCUGUACAUGCCGGUCUGGACGGAUGACGAGAUCCAGGAGUGCAGG